GUAUGUCCGUCAACAGAGCAUCCAUAGCUUAACUACGUGCUCUUUGGAUAAUUUUGCGUCGAAAAGUUCAAAUAAACGUGGGUCCAAUCUGCUCCGCACUCCCUAUGCAAUGGCUGUGUUUGAGAAAUUAGUUCACUAAGCAAGAUAACACACACCCUCAUUUCGGUAGGCGGGUGACUGCAUUCCUAAAUCAACAGUUUCCAGACCGUUGGAUUGACCGAGGUGGUCCAUUGCUUGGCCAGCGAGAACACCAGAUCUUUAGCCUUUGAACUACUUUCUGUGAGGUCACAUGGAAUCCUUGGUUUAUUCCAUCAAGUCAAACAGUAGGGCUGAGCUGCUGAGUCGAAUAAUGGAUUCCGGUGCUAUAACAAAAAAUUAUCAUUACUGUGAAGAGAGCUGUUACUUCAAUUACACGAAGGGCUCAACUGUGCAUCAACAAACAGGAUGGUCAUUUCGAGUCACGUAAAUAACCUUCCGGAUAGUUCCUCAUUUUAAUGAAUGCUUAAUUCAUUUUGAAAUGGAGACGACCCAUCGCACAAGUACAGCAUCAGGUACUAACAAACUCACAGUUCCAUUCUAUGCUCCGCCACCAUUUGUAAAGAAAACCAGUGCCGAGAUUAUCAGUGAGGCCCGAGCGUCCAUAAUACACGAUAAGGAAGGAAUUAGAAUUGAAAACACAAGAAUGGCUGCUUCUAUAAGACCUGUUAAAACCAAGAGACCAUUCACUCCAAGAGAAAGACAGAGGACACUGUUUGGAACAGCUCAGAAAUCAAGUUGUAGACCACCAAGCUCAUUCAGCCUGGGUUAUUUGCAGUUUCAAGAUGCUGAUCUUGGCAGUUCAUUGAGCGCAACGCCUCACAUUAGACGCUUAAAUCCAAUCCCUGCUACGCCAUCUGCAUCUCUCAGCACCAGCAGCAGCUUGUUAGAUCUUAGAGACUGGAAAACAUUGCUCAAUGCCACAACUUCAGAAGGCUCUAGAAGCAGAGUUCUUUCAGCUCAGCCCCUUGAAAUCCCAUUAUUUCUAACUUCUGGUCAGAUAACCAGUGCUGCAAAAAGAUUUCGUCUGCCAUCUAUUGAUGGAGGAGGUAAACCAUCGCUGAGUCAGAGACAUCAGUUUCGAGCGACAGCUUCACUAGACAAUCUUCCUGAAGAAAUAGAAGUUGAUGACAAUGAAUCUCAGGAUUCUGGAAUUAAUUCAAGUAGCAUAAAAGAGGCUCCUCCUGCUCGCAAAGCAUACAGUUGUCCUAUGCAGCGCACAACUGAGCUGGAUAAAUGCACAGUUAAGAAAAAAUUGCAGUCUGCUUCAGAACGAAAGAUGUUACAAGAACAAUCAUCCUCCAUUACAGAAAAUAAUUCUGGGACAAAGAAAGAUGCAGCAGAGUCAGUAAUAGUGGUGCAGAGCAAAACAAAUGAAGAAAUAGCCAAUAACGGAGUGAAUUCUGUAAAAGUUGUAAUGAAAAAUCCUAAAGGCAGAAAUAUUAUAAAUAAUGAAUUAUUGGAAGUUAAGCAAAAAAUGCAGGAGGAGAUUUUCCAGAAAGAUUCUUCACAUAGUGUAAGAGACAAAAAAGAGAUUUGCUUAGAAUCCACACACAAGAAUUCAUUUAAGACUAAGACACUUCAGCUAGAUGCUAAUUUAGCCACAUGUGAAGAAAACACACUUGGCACUGUCAAAGAGCCAACGUCCAAAAAUAGAAACUCAUAUCCACCAGAUAAAAGCAAGAAAAAUGAUUCUACUGCAGACAAAGAACUUUCUUCACAAGAUCAACAGUUAGAAGAAAAUGUAUUUGGCCCAGAAUUAAAAACUAAAACUUCAAAUAAUAAUGCAAAAUUCUCUAAUAAAUCUGAAAAUAAUUUUCAAGGCCAGAAAGACAAAUCUGUCAAUUUGAAUGCAAAGGAAUGUACCAUUACCAAUAGUGCAAAAAAAUAUUCAAAACAAGUUUCUAAAAAUAGUAUAAUUACUAUACAAAGAUCAGCAACAGGAAAUCCUGUUGUAGGUGAUAACAGGUUAUCUGUAAGUAAAAAUGAAAUCAGUGUGAAAAAUGGGACAGAACCAAAAUUCUUUGAUGAGACAAUUGCACAAAACCCAUCAUCCAAAGACAACUUUUCCACUGCGGACUCAACAACAGAAAUGAAGGAAAGGCAGUCAUUUUAUCAGGCAAAAGAAGUGAAUGAAACUGCUGAUAAAUGCAUUGAUAUUAGAGAGAAAUCUGUGGUUACUGUCAGUGAGGAGAAAAACAACUUUAUUCAGUCUAUCUUAACUGCACUGAACAGUCUUGCAGGAAAAGAGGAAAAUAUAGAAGAGGUUGUAUCGUUAAUGCUGAAACUAUAUUCUGCUCUAGAGACCGAAGGAGAAAUUGGAAAAAAAUUUAGAAAUACAAAACUCAGAGCACAAGUAUUGAAAACACUGUAUAAAUUUCUUGAAUCGUCAAAUGAUAUGUUACUACUCCAGAUUGCCCGGAUCAUCCUUGCUUUUCGAGUUAAUGGCAAAAACCUGUCGGGUGUUUGCAAGUUGGUGUUCAAAGUUUCUAGAAGUGACAAGAAUGACAAACUGUUCCUGGAGGACAACAUUCUUGAACUUUUUAUGGAAGUACUUGGCUUAGCAAGUCCUCUGGAAGAUGCAGAAUCUUGUGUAUAUGGGUAUGGUGCUCUCAAGUUCCUUACAAUGAACACUGUUAUACUUGCUAAAGUUCUCAAACUUGGAAUAUUGGAGUUAAUGGUUCUUCAUAUGAAGAUAGUUAAUGCUGCGCGUGCUGAAGGCUCUCAUAUUCCAGAACAAACUAGCCACGCCUUGUUCCAACUCACUGGAGCCUUACGAAAUGUUGCAGGAGAAGAGGAAAUGUUUCCCAAGUUUGUAUCAACUGGUGCUGUCAAUGAGUUGUGUAAAGCCAUGGAUUUUUUCUCUUCUGACCUUGAUGUGAUCAGUAACAUUUCAAGAACACUCAGUAUAAUCUCAACACAUGAUGACUGCUGCAUGUCAAUAGUUGAUUAUAAAAACAGUUUCAAGGUAUUUGUCCAGUUGUUACAAAAAUAUCCUGGUCGACAAGACAUUAUAGUGCGAUUGGGUUACGUCCUUGGAAACUUAAUGGCUAGUAGCGAUGUUGCUAGAACUAAGUUCUUCAAUGAAGAUGGUGCAGUUGCUUCUAUGCUGAACUUACUGGCCAUUUAUAUGGAUAAAGACCAUAAAAUGUUGGGAUCCACAAAUCAUCACAGUGAAUUUAACUCUGAUGCAGGGUCAAAUGGAUCUGUUGAAGAUGUUAUAAUAAAGCUGAUUCGUAUUCUCGCUAAUAUGUGCAUUAAUCCGGAGGUAGGCAGCAGCCUGGCAUGUUCACCUACUGUAUUCUACAGCUGUAAUGGACAUCAAAGGGAAAUGAACACCAAUCAUAUCAGUAUUGGUAAUACAGGAGAUGAUAACAGGGAUGGAAGACAGUUUUUAGAUAUCCUUCUAACUGUGUUGCGCCGCAAAUCAGUGAUUGAAAGUGAAGAGUUAGUGCACAGUAUUCUCAGUACACUCAAUAACCUUUCUUAUUACCCAGCGAGUAAUGAUGGAGCAUUUGGGGAACGGCAGCUAGAGAUUGCACAAGCUCUGUCUUCCCUGCUAAACACAGACAACAAGGACUGUCUGGUGGAAGCAACGAGGGUGUUUGGAAACUUGACUAGAUCCAAAGACACUCGAGACUUUCUUCUUGAGAGUGGUGCAUGGAAUCAGUUACUAAAGUUCUUGAACUGGGAUGACCAGGAACUCCUUUGUACAACUAUAGGAAUUCUUGUAAACAUGAUGGCAGAUUGGGAUAAACGAAUUGCUCUGAAAGAAGGCCAUGGCAUAGAAAGGCUGACUAGUGUAUUAAAUAAAUUUGGUGAAGGAGACUGGCAGCUGGCCACACUGAUAUGUCAGACACUUUGGAACUAUUGUACUGAAUCGACAAAUCUUCAUGCGGCUUUGGGAAUCGAUGAAACAAACCACUUGCUGGCAAUAUUGGUGGACUUUUUAGAUGAGGAGCGUUUGUUUGGAGUUGUAGAAGGUACAGAAGUAAAUGAGGCACUGGCUGCAUCCGGGCAUUAUCAAAUGUGGGAAGAAUUUGCUGGAGUAGCAACAAAUUUACUGGAGAAGAUGGAAAUCUUCUUAGAUUCUCUAGAUUCACUGGAAUCAUUGGAACAUAUGGAACCACUUCUCAUUAGUGAUCAUCAAGCUUUAGGACAGCAAAUAUCUUUCACACAUCCUGAUACACAGAUUCAUAUCCUGUAAAUAUUAUAAAAAGCUGAGGAGAAAUGUUACACUAUUUAGGAUAAAUAAUUUUGGUAACAGAGACUUGUUCAUUGUCAUGAUAGUCACAAGCACAAAUAAUAAAAUUUUAUUCUGUGUGUGGGAGGGGAGCAGGUUCGAUAAUUUGUUAUUCCCUGAUUUCUGGGAAGAAGAGUUAUGCCAGCUAAAGUAAAGUAAAGUUU